GAGAGAGAGAGAGAGAGUGGCCCAGGAGAUCGAAAUCGGCUUCCUCUCUCUCUUAAGCUCGAUGCGACGAGGAUCUAGAGCUCGUUCCAUGGAGCUACGGGUCGAUGGUCGGUGAUCGAGCGUUCGUUGGAGAUUUUCCUCGGAGGGAGCUGAUUGGAGGAUGUCGAUCUCAGGCAGUCUUGGAAAUGAUUUCUGAAAUAACUUUGAAUCAACUGCCAGGAGUGACAGCAGAAGUGCAGUACAAUAACCAUCCAGCAGUGUACUAUCCGAUGAGAGAUCUAAACGAAGAUUACUACAUCUGUAAUUGGCCUAUCUAUCAUCCAGAUAAGGCAUUAUCAAGCAAGCAGUGCUACAAUGGUUUUUGGUCAAGGCCUGCUGCAGAUGAAGUCCCAGAGUCCGAUAAAGAUGUUGUUAAGCAAACAAUAAUUGAGCAUGAGGCUGUAUUCAAGAAUCAGGUACACGAGCUUCACCGGUUGUACAGAGUCCAAAGGGGUCUCAAGGAUGAAAUCAAAAGGAAGGGACUGCAUAUAGGGCAGAUAGCUGCUGAUACAGAAUCAAGCCCUUUGCCAUUUCAAUUAACAUCUGAAGAUGCUCAGAAAUGGCAUUUUUCCAGUUUCCCUGGUGCGAGCUCUUGUUGUGGAUGGCCAUCUAUUUCAGAUACCAAAGGCAUCCCUUUGAAUUCUCCAGAAGGAAAUAGCACACAGGGAUCUCCUUUUGUGCAUCAACAUGGAGGUAGUUCCAAAUUGAAAGAGGUGUUCGAGUGUAGACCUACAAAGGUCAGAAGAAAAAUGUUUGAUUUGCAACUUCCAGCUGAUCAAUACAUUGACGAUGAAGAACUAAAGCAGAUCGAGAAUGAAAAUGGAUCAUUGUCUUGUGAUAUUCGUUGUCAAGGUUCUAGGAGUGUUGCUGGGAGUUCUGUAAGCUUAUCUCACGGCGGAUCCGCUGGCAUCAACACAGAUUCUGCCAGAUCAGAUUUAUACAUAAACAGUCGAAAUGUGGCUGACUUAAAUGAACCUAUACAGAUUGAAGACAUGAAUGCUUCUGCAUCUUUUGUUCAUGCAGACCAUUCCAUCUCUGAAAGGGAAAUUCGCAGCCAGGAACUUUUUAUGAAAGCGAAGCCAAAGAUUCUAGGUUUUCUGGAUCAAAAGGCUCCAAACUCCAUUUGUCAAAGCAGCAGCGGAAGUUCAAAUGCACACGUCAACAACAAGAACGAUGGAGGGCUGUCCUUCCAUGUUCUUAAACAAGGGCAGGACAAGGUUGAACUUCAACCUGUUUCUCAGUCCCUCCAGUGGGAGAAGUUUUGCCCAUCAUCCCAACCAGUGCAAUCUUCAUUCAAGAAAAGUUGCAAUAGUCCAGUGUAUUUUUUGACAGAUCAUGCCGUGAUGGAACACAGCAGAGAGAGGACAAAAUGUGGAUUAGUAAUUUCGGAAAGUUCCAAGAACUUUGAAUCAACCUUUGCUUCUGAUUCUCCUAAUCGACAUAAAAUAACUAGUUUGUCUGACUCAAGAAACUUAAGGCACUCUGGUUCAUCUUCUGACAACUUGAGUAAUAGUUUGAGCCAGAAGUCAAUGUUGGUUGAAGGGCUUCCAAGUUUAGAUUUAUACAGGACUCCCCGGAAAGAUUCUCAACCUGCAGCUCAGAGCCAUGGAUCAUUUUGUAGCAGGUGGCAUGAUAGCAAUGCUAGUCUGAGUCCAGGCUAUCAGAAUUUGCCUAGUCGAAAUGGAUUCCAUUACGAACUUCCUUCGAGAUCUGAGAAAGCAUCUGUUUGCAUACCAGUCAUCAGCCAUGACAGUUAUAACCAUGCCAGUAGAUAUGUAGCCUCUGAGCACUUACAUACUAGGAAACACACAACUUCAAAUUAUGCGAUUGUGGACUCUGACAGAGAGACAAAGCGAAAUUCAGUGCUUUCAAGUGGUUCAAUUAACAAGUCCACAUCACCACAGGGUGUGGCAAUAAAAAUUGGAGAGAGUACCGAGCAGGAAACUCUUCUGGUACCUCAUUGGCUUAGAGUUAUGCCAGCUCGUGAGAGGGAGAAAAAUUCUGGAAUAGACUUGAAUCAUACAGAGAUGAGUUUUGUUCAGUCAUCUUCUAGUCAUCUUAGCAGCAAAGUUGAAGCUGGAAACAGCCCGAGCCAAAUAUUUUCUCAGCGCGUGGAAUCUUUCUCACCUUUGUGUAAAGUGGAGUCCAAGAGGAUGGAAAUAGGCGAAGGUCCUGAUAGAAAGAUUUUUGGCUUUCCUAUCUUUGCAAACCCUCCUACUUCCAAUAAUGCGUUCUCUCCUCUUGCCUUUCCAUCUAUAUCCAUCACUCAGGAGUCUAAGUGCGAAGUCACAGAUCGUAAGAAGGAAGUAAGAAUGUUUGAUAUUAACUUGCCCUGCGAUACCAGUUCUGAAUGGAGCGAAGUGGCUGCUGAGGAAACCCUGGACCUAGAGAAGGAAUCUCAUACCAAAAAUGCUUACUUGAAACAUCAAUUUGAUCUAAACUCCUGUGUUCUUGACGAUGAAACUUCCAUGACACCAUCCGUCCCAAGUGUUGUUGGAAAGGUUAUUGUUGAAAUAGACUUGGAAGCUCCACCAGUUCUUGAGACUGAGGAGGAUAGUUUCCAGGGAGAAGAAAUUCCUGGGAAGCAACUGGAAACAUCUAUACCAUUUACACAGCAAGGAACUGAGCAAUCUUUGGAAAAUCUAGGUAGAAUGGCAGCAGAGGCAAUAGUUGCCAUUUCAACUGUUGGUUUCAGCAAUUGUUUGGACAGCACUGCUCGGGAUUUACCAGAAGAAUCUUCUUUAUACUGCCUUAACUGGUUCGCUGGUAUAGUUGCCUCUUUUGAAGACCAUAAUUCUUGGACCAGGUCUGAAGCUGCUCCAAGAGAUUGUGAAGAGCAGAAUGUUGCAGAAUCUACAUCAGAAAGUAUUGAUUACUUUGAGUCCAUGACGCUGAGACAGGUAGAGAUGGGGGAGGAUGAAUACCUUCCUAAACCACUGAUCCCUGAGACUCUAAGAGCAGAAGAUGUAGCAGUCACCCCAGCAUCAAAUCGGCCUCGAAGGGGACAGCCUAGAAGAGGGAGGCAGCGGCGAGAUUUCCAGAGGGACAUCCUCCCGGGCCUCACUUCACUUUCGAGGCAUGAGGUGACUGAAGAUCUUCAAACUUUUGGAGGGCUCAUGCGAGCAAUGGGCUAUUCAUGGCACACAGGGUCAACAAGGAGGAACUCCAGUAGAAAUGUUUCCUCAAGAGGCAGGCAACAGUUAGCGAGUGGGUCCCCCACUGCAGCGUUGGAAGCCACAUGCGGUCCAAUGAUGCCUCAGAAAAAUAAUGUUGAAGUGGGACUCGAAGAUAGAACCCCAACAGUUUGGGGGAAUACACCAAGACGGCCCCGAAGGCAAAGGUGCCCUGCAGGCAAUCCUCCAUUACACGUGCCUCCAACAUAAUCUGGUACGAGGCUUAAUGUCUUAAUGGGGCUUAUGGAGGAUGAAAAGAUAGCGCAAUUUGUGGAAUUAUGGUUGUUAUUGUUAGAGAGCCGUUGGGGUUAACAUUGUGCAUUUCUUCGCCCAUAAUUUGGGUCCUUGAUUGUCCCUCUGUGGUGGGCUACCUCUUUAGUUAUUCAUGAAUAACUACACGAUGUCUGUGGAUAUUGCUUCUCGCUUUUAUGAGGUCCUCCGCAGAGUUUCUUGUACUUUUGAGUGCUGACUCUCUCAGGAACAAGAAAUGUAACUUUUGUUUUCCUACUAUUUGGUUAGGAAGGAGUGUUUUGGGGUGCUGGGGACAGACUUUGAAGUGCUCGUGAUGGCAGGUUUUGUGUUCAUUUCUAUACAGGCUCGAUAGAUUUAAA